CUACUUGUGUCGAAAGAUGUAUGGGUUUUCUUAUAGUGCACAUGAGGCAAUUGUGUACACUGGGCCUACGGGUUAUACAACACUUGUUCCAUCUCCAGAACCAUUAGACGAGCGUGCCGUUUGAGCCAGUGCCGAUAUUAUGGAUGUAGGUUGCGGCGUCCUUGCCUGAACUGCCCGUCCAAUCGACUCGCCUCAAUCAUCCACCUUUUAAGUAGCUCUACUUUACUUUAAAUAUACUGUAAGUCUAAUUACAACCAAUUACACUCUUGGUAUAAUGGAUGAUUAUGCAGUCUACAAUCUACGUUAUCAACUUAAGGAAUUUACACAAGGCAGAUAGACUGAAUAUCUACUGACCUUCACAGAGCCCAGUUUAGCCCAUUGAUUAGAAUUCUUAACUUCACCCUAACCAUUAAAGUCCAAAUUUUAAUAGCAUCGAAUAGAAUCAAGUUAUUUUUCCUGAAUUUUUACUUCGUGACUUUUAUGUCCUACCACGCCCACUUACGCUUGCGCGAAGGCUAUAAGAACUAUUUGAUAUGGUGUUAAUACAACAGAACUGCAGAUUCUAACCAAUAAAAAACAACAGAAAAAUAACUGCAGCAAAUAAAAAAAAUCAUUGUUAAUUUAUCGCCUUCUGUGUGAGUUUUGACCAAUCAUAAUACAGAGAACUUGUUACAGUAAUUUUCCAAAUAAACUGCAGUCAAUGACCGAAUACUGAGUGGUACGUCACUCCAUAAUCACUAUAACUUAAGCUGGUUCUUUACAAAUCUUAAUUCAAAAGACUGACAUCGGUGACUGAUUACAAUUUUUAGGACUGUUUAAUACAGAAAAGUAGCAUGGUAUUUGUGAAACGUGUGGCCAUCAUUGGAGCUGGUGUUAGUGGACUAGUAUCAGUCAAGAGUUGUCUGGAAGAGGAGUUUCAACCCAUCUGCUUCGAGAAAAGUUCUCAAAUAGGUGGCGUUUGGAUUUACAGUGAAAAUGGCACAAGAGGAGAGGCCAGUGCCAUGUACAAUGGACUUGUUACUAAUUCCAGCAAGGAAAUGAUGUGUUUCAGUGACUUUGCCUUUCCAGCUGAACACCCGCCAUAUCUGUCUACUCAUCACGUAAUUAAAUACUACCGUGACUAUGCCGAACAUUAUGAUAUUAUGAAAUACGUAAAAUUUAACACAGAAGUGGUCGAUGUUAGUCCAACAGAAAAUAACAAAACGACUGGCCAAUGGAAUGUUACAGUUCGACAAAGGAACCAAGAGCAGCUUGUUGAACAAACUGACGUAUUUGAUGCCGUAAUGGUUUGCACGGGAAAGCACUCCAAGUGCAGAAUCCCUGAAUAUCCAAGAAUGGACAAGUUUAAAGGUCAAAUCAUACAUAGCAACACAUUCAGAAGAGGAGAAGAUUUUGUUGGUCAGAAUGUACUUGUAGUUGGUGCAUCCCAUUCUGCAGGGGAUCUGGCUACGCAAUGCAGUCAGCAUACAAAUUCGACAUACAUCAGCCUCAGAAAUGGCUGCUAUGUGUUGCCAAGACGAGGACCGAAUGGAAUACCAAUUGACACCGUUGCGAACCGUCGUUUUUCAUGUAAGAUUCCUGGAUUUAUACGAUCAAAAAUGCUGACCAGUCUUGUUGAGUCGAGGAUGGAUCUAGAUAAUCUUAGCCUCAGAUCAGACAAGAAAAAUUUCUUCAGUUCAAGCAUGAUGGUAAAUGACUUAUUACCAGAUCGAAUUCUCAAUGGGACUCUUAAAGUGAAGGCACACAUUGAAAGGUUUACAAAGAAUGGUGUAAAGUUUGUUGAUGGAACGUAUAUCGAAGAUAUUGACACAAUCGUCUUUGCAACUGGAUACUACACAUCCUUCCCCUUUAUUAGUCGUGAAAUUUUUGAUGAAACAAAAAUGGAGCUUUUCAAACACAUUCUAUCUCCGAAGUACACAACGCUUGCCUUCAUUGGAGCCGUCGGAGCCGUUGGCUCACAGGGACCAGUAUACGAGCUACAAGCCCGCUGGACUGUUUCUGUAUUUUCAGGCACAUUGAAGCUUCCUGAUGUAAAUGCUCGUCAAAUCCACGCAAAAAAACGUGUUGAUAAAAUGAUAAAACUAUAUGGCUACCUAAAAAUAAAGUUUGCUCCAGUACCCUACCAAGAGGAACUAGCCAAUGAUAUUGGCGUGAAACCGACUCUUGAUAUGUUUCUAACUGACCCGAAGCUUGCUGUUAAAGUAUUUUUCGGACCAGCUUACCCGCCAUCGUACAGACUUAAGGGACCUCAUACUUGGGCAGGUGCAAGAGAUGCUAUCAUGAAAGGUUGGGAGAACACCACCAGCCCGACAAGAACAAGACAAAUUACUAAUCAACAUGAUGUAACAGCUCAUCUUAUAUUUAUUGCAAUGUUUCUGUUCUCUCUUAUAUUAGCUAUAUUUUUCCGAAAUUAAUUUGCACAGGGUAUUUUAAUUAGACCAAACUGAUUUAAAUAGUAUGUAGCACGUAAUAAAUAUGUUAAUCGUGUUGUUGUACCGUUUUGUAUAUAGUAUCCUAACUAAAUCGAACAAUUAUUAUUUUUUUCUCUUUUGUGGGAUCGUCCCACUUUUAUUUCAUCAUAAUGUCUUAAACUACGUAGAUAUAUUAUACAUAACAUAUAGUCUACAUUUUAACAGUUAUUAUAUAUAUUAAGUAAAUAAUAGUAUGAAAUAUAUAUCUGUUAUGUAAUUACUUAGUACACGUCUCUUUACUGUUCUUCAUAAUAGGUGUUCAGACAUCGACUAUUGUACUCUUUAUUUAUUUUAUUUUUUUAUCAUUUUCUUUUAUUGUGUCUUCCGUAGAAGUCAACCAUCACAUAUUUUUACAUGGACCAUUUAUUUUUUGCUUUUUCCUUAUUAAUUAAAAAUUCACAUGUAAUUAGUCUGUUUAGUUCAGAUAAAAACAUCACUCAAGGACAUUUUGUCCUCAAACAUAAUCUAUUCAUUAUUUUAACUUUAUAAAUACAAACGUCAAAAAUUGAAAUCAUUUCGUUCAAUCUUUCGCUAUAGCUUCCAAUAACGAUUUUGUUCCAUUGUACUUUAUCAUAUAUUUUUAAACAUGAUCGCAUUUUAUUGAGCGCUAAAUGCUUAUCUAAAUUUAUGUUGGUCAUACCUAAUGUAUACUUUACUGGGUACAUAUAAAAACAUGGAAUGCACUUCCAUUUACCGGGAUCUGGACUUAAAAGUCGUUUGACCCAACUUAACUUGAGUGAGUCUAGCAUAUAAUUAAUGUCUAUCAUUUUUAGACCUCCUUUGUUUAGCUCUUGAAUGAUCGUGUUUCUUUUUAUUUUUUAUAUUUUUUCCAUUCCACAAGAAUUUAUAUAUAAUUUUGUUUACCUUGGGAAUAAUUAAUUCUGGCAUUUUUAUCAUGUUUGCAUUAUACACAAGUUUAGCAAGAGCAAGUAUUUUGAUUACUGUAAUCCUUCCGAAGAAGGAUAGCUCUCUUUUUUUCCCAUAGUUUUAAAAGUUGUUCUAAAUUUAACAUCUUAUCAUCCCAGUUUUUUGUGUUACAUAUUUUCUUGUCAUAACCGAUGAAAAUUCCUAGAAACUUUACUGGUUCCUAAAUAAAAGUAAUCCCACAUGUAUCAUUGGAAUUUUUUUUAUUACAACCAAUCCACAUACCUUUGGUUUUGGUUUUAUUAAGUUUUAGACCUGAAACACUACAAAAUUAUUCGAUUUCUUUAAAGAAAUUGCUUAUGCUUAUUUUAUCUAUUGCAAAUAACACAGUAUCAUCAGCUAAUUGAGCUAUGUUUACAUUCUCUGUUUUAUGAAAUGAUGGUAGAUCAAUACCUUGAUACAAUGCGCUGUUUUGUAUAUUAAUUGCCAUUAAUUCUAUUAAAACAAAUAGCAAGGCUGAAAGGUGGCAUCCUUGACGGAUCCCACAUUUCAUACAAAAACUCUCGGAUAUCCAUCCGUUGUUAAUGGAUGGAUUCUAGUUCAAAACGUAAAUCAAAAACCAGCCUGGUUUAAAAUGCAUUUUACAUCAAC